CUGGCCGAUCUGUGUGUAUCAUUUCUGCAGUUUUACAUGGGAGAGUAGGAAGCAAGUUCCAACAAGAAGGUCCAAAAAGAGUCCUUUGGUAAUUACAAGACAAUGGCAGUGAACAAAUGUUUGAAGUAUCUCUUCUUUCUGUUCAACCUUCUUUUCUGGAUCUGUGGCUGCAUCAUCUUAGGUAUUUCCAUCUACCUAAAGGUCACUAAGGAAAAAAACGAGCUUUCAGAUGAAUCGGUUCCUGGUGUGGACCUCCUCAUUGCUGUGGGGGUCAUCAUCAUGGUACUGGGGUUCCUGGGCUGCUGUGGUGCCAUCAAAGAGAACCGCUGCAUGCUUCUCCUGUUCUUCAUUUUCCUCCUCCUGAUUUUCCUGCUUUUGGUGGCAGCAGGCAUUCUGGGAGCUAUCGGAGAAAACAAGGUCAAGGAUUGGAUUAAGGAGCGCAUGAAUAAGUACCUUCCUCUGUCUAGCCAACCACAAAAUGUUGUUGACGACCUCUAUAAGAUGCAGGAAAAGCUCAAAUGCUGCGGUUUGGUCAAAGGACCUGGUGACUGGACCAACAUUCCCCCAUCAUGCAAAUGCUCCUCAACUGACACUACGGCCGACCCCUCCUGUGGUUCUGGCGGUGUCUACCAGACGACAUGCACUGACCGACUGAUUGAGCAGAUGGAGAAAAGCAUGACAGUCGUGUUGGGAGUCGCAUUUGCCAUUGCCAUUAUCCUGAUCUUUGGUAUGGUCAUAUCCAUGAUCCUCUAUUGCCAGAUUGGAAGGAAAGACAGCGCCACCACCACUGCAUAAACAUUCUCCAAAGUUUCCAUCUUACUCAGAGUGUUAUUUUUCAGAAUGACAACAUUGAAUCAAAUGCUAUAGUAAUAAUACUAAAAUCUAUUGAAGAAAAAGAGGGGCAUUGUGAUAAAUGCAUUAAAAUUGUUAUAUUUGUAAUCUAUCUAAUUUUAUCUUGUGGCAGUGACUACUGUAUAUUUUUAUUUGCUGAAAACGUGUAUCUCAAAUCUUUAAGUAUGAUAGUAUGAUGACUUUGAGUAUGAUAUGUGUAAAAUGAGUUGACAUUUACUUGUGUUACUGAACAGUGGUUUGAGUCUUUUCCAGCUGUCCAAAUACAAUAAAAGAUGAAGGGGAAGUUGGCUUUUGCUGCCACCGCUAUCUAUUCUACAUGUAAAAACAUCAUUAAAGACUUCCUUGUCACCACUGGAAACAUAAACUUAGAUUUUUCAACGGAAGUGGAGGUGUGUUGUUAACUGACAUUAUUAGCCCAUUAUAAUUGUUCAGUGUUUUUUUUUUUUUUUCAAUUAUUGGAGCUAAAGUUUGUAACAUUUAAAAGUGGAGUUUUGUCAGCAUGGUCCUUUCUGUGAAGUUUACAUGUUUCUCCCCAUAUCUGGGUACUCUGCUUUCCCCCAUUAACCCUAAACAUGUAAAAUAAGAAAAUAAUAAUAGUAAAUCUUUCAUUAUAAAGCACUUUUAAAAACAAGGUUUACAAAGUGAUGUACAAGCAGCAAUGAACAGUACAAAAAGCAUAAAAAUGGCAUACAGAAAGCAUACAAAAACAGAUGAUACAAACAAUCCAAUUAAUUAUAAUAAAUAAAAAGAAAUAGAAAAUAGAACCCUGUGGCACACCACAGGUAAAGGGGGCAGAGGAGGAGGUAAAAUUGCAUAUAGUGACCACAAAGGUUCUGUCUAAAAGAUAGGAAUAAAACCAUUCAAAGGCAGUGUCUGGUUCAUUAAAAUCACAUGGUCAGCAGUGUCAAAAGCUGCACUUAAAUCUAAAAGAAUUAAAAUUGAGCACUCUCCUCUGUCUGCGGCUACAAGAAGAUCAUUUGAGACUUUGAGGAGGGCUGUUUCAGUGCUCUGUGAUGCUUUAAAACCUGAUUGAAAUUUCUCAAAGAUGUGAUUUCUAUUCAUAAAAUCUAAAAGCUGGUUAAAAAUGACUUUUUGUAAGACUUUGGAAUAAAAAUGGAAGCUCUGAAAUUAGUCUGAAAUUGUUAAAAUCAGAGGUGCUCAAAUUAGGUUUCUUAAAACUCUUGGAUUUGACUUGGUUUUUACUAAUGGUGUUGAAAUAAAAUAUGGUCCUUCUUUGA